UCAGUACAAGAGCAGGCCCGGGCGGGGGCGGCUCGAAGUUUCGUGCGGACGACCCAAGCUCCUCCCUCCGGCGAGGCCGCGCGGGGAAGGGGGGACCGGAGCAAGAGGAAGGAGAGCGCGCAGGCCGGAGGAGUCGGCGGAGUGCGCCGCGCCCCUGCCCGCCGGGUCCGUGAGUUCGCUGUCGCCGAGCUGGCGGGGACGGUGCCCCGGGCGGCGGGCCGAGGCGGCGCGCGGCGGCGAGGGCGAUGCUGCCCGCCCGUCGCCUGAGUGCCCCCGAUGGCCCGGGGCCCGGCGGCCUGCGAAAACGACGCGCGCCUGCUGCUGGGCCGGGACGCGGUGCGGCCGGCGCCCGCGCUGCUGGCCCCCGCCGUACUGCUGGGCGCCGCGCUCGGCCUCGGCCUCGGCCUCUGGUUCGGCUGCCGCACCUCCGGGUCGCGCCUGCGGCAACAGAAAGACGACGCUCAGAGUCUACUCAAGAAUUUAGAGUCUAAUGUCCAGGACCCCUCGGAAACCAGCUCCCCAUCAAGGAGGAGGAGGAGGGAAGCCCAGACAUCAAAAGAGGAGCCUGUGGAUGAAUGUGAGCCGGCUUUCAACAGCAACAUCACAGCAUUUGCACUGAAGGCCAAAGUCAUCUAUCCCAUCAAUCAGAAGUUCCGGCCGCUGGCCGACGGUUCCUCCAACCCUUCUCUGCACGAAAACUUAAAGCAGGCUAUCUUGCCAAACCAGCCAGUGGAGGCUUCCCCCUCCAGCAGCCUGGGGAGCCUGAGCCAGGCUGAGAAGGAGGACUGCAGCUCCUCGUCCAGCAUCCACUCAACCACCAGCUAUGACAGGUUCCUGAGCCGCACCUUUGUCCGGGCCAACAGCUUCCCUGAGGCCCUGAUCUGUGAGAGUGUGGAUCUUGACCUGUGUAUCUAUAACCUUCACCUAAAAGAUCUGCUGCAUCUGGACAAGGCUCUGAGGCGGGAGAAGCACAUGAUGUUUAUUCAGAUUUUAAAAAUGUGCCUCCUUGAUCUUCUGCCUAAAAAGAAGUCUGAUGAUGAAUUAUACCAGAGGAUUCUUUCAAAGCAAGAAAAUGACUUGGAGGAAUUAGAAAAAGGACUUCAGGUCAAACUGUCAAACACGGAAAUGUUGGGGGCUGGUGAUUCUGAGUACAUCACUCUGGCAGAUGUGGAAAAGAAGGAGCGAGAAUAUGCUGAACAGCUAAUAGAUAAUAUGGAAGCUUUCUGGAAACAGAUGGAAAACAUCCAGCACUUUCUUAUGGACCAAUUUAAGUGUUCGAGCUCCAAAGCCCGACAGCUCAUGAUGACUCUCACAGAAAGAAUGAUUGCAGCCGAAGGGUUAUUGCGUGAUUCUCAGGAUUUGCAGGCUCUGGACACCCUGGAGAGAACCAUGUGCCGGGCGCACAUGGCAAAGAUGAUCGAGUCUCUGAAACUCCAAAUCCAGGAGGAGACCAAAUGCCGACUGGCUGCCCUCUCCCACGGCCUGGAGCUGCUGACCAUCGAGGGGAAGCUCUCCGGGAGGCAGAAGGAGGAGCUGCUCACCCAGCAACACAAGGCCUUCUGGGGGGAGGCGGAGCGUUUCAGCAGGGAUUUUGCCCAGCAAGGCAAAGGCCUGGUUAAGGCGUCAAUGGCUCGCCAAGCAGAGGAGAUGGCCAAGCUCACACUGGCCCAAGAAGAGGAAGAAAGGAGCUUCCUGGCUGAGGCUCAGCUGACCACGGCUCCGGGAGAGUUCCUCCAGGCUUUUCACACGGUUCUGGAGAGGCAGAGGUUGACCCAGAGUUCCCUGGAGGAAGAGGAGGACGUCAGAACUACUGAGGCCGUGGCUGUGCUCUGCCAGGAGCUGUACCGCAGCACCAUGGAAACUUUCCAGAAGUUUGUGGACCUCCUUUUCCUCGAGACACUGCCAGGCGUGACGGGCCUCUCCCGGGCAGAGUGCGAGUACUUGAGGCAGGAGGUCCAGGAGAACGCAGCUCGGCAGCUGGGGCAGUCAGAUCGCUUCCGGAAGCAGCAGUGGGAACUCUUCCAAGAUCUCCUGGAGCAAGACAAGCAGAUGUGGAUGGAGGAGCAUACCCUGUCCUCUGUGCUGCAGACGCACCUGCAAGAUGACCAUGAGGGCAUCGUCCACCAGGUCUUGGGCCGACUCGGUGGCCUCAGUGAAGAGUCCACAUGGUGCAUCCUGCAGGGACAUGACCUUCUGCUGCGCUCCGCCCUCCGGAGGCUGGCUCUCCGGGGCAGCGCCAUCACCACGCUGACCCACAUGAGACUUUCCGGGAAAAAGAGCCUUCUCCAGGAGUUGCGUGAGCAGCAUGCCCUGGAGCAGGGCUCCUCCCAGUGUCUGGAUGAACAUCAGUGGCAGCUACUCAGAGCCUUGGAGGCGCGGGUCGUGGAGGAGGCCAGCAGGCUGGAGGAGGAGGGUCAGCAGAUCCGGCUGCAGCUCCAGCAGCAGCUCCUGGCUGAGGCCCAGGAAGUCGGGCGGCUCCUGCAGCAGCAUACAGAGCGAGCCAUCGGGCAGGCACUGCUGGGGCAUGCUCGCAACGCAGCCACCAAGAGUCGGGCCAAGGACAGGGACGACUUCCAGAGGACACUGACAGAGGCGGCCGUGGAGAGCGUUUACGUGACCAGCACUGGGGUCGACCGGCUCGUGCAAGCCUAUUACCAGCAGAUCAGGAGGGUCAUGGAGGACCAUGAGGAGAGGAGACUCCAGCAUCUGGAGACCCUGCAAGGUGAGAGAACGGAGAAUUACAAGCUGCGGACAAAGCAAGGACUCGGGGAGCCUUCCUCAGGGACCCCAGUGGCGGGUGGAGCUGGCAAAGCCUGCAAGGCGGUCCAUCAGAGCAAGGGAUGUGGAAUGAGGGCCCGCCCUGGAGGUGUGAUGUCACGAGCCCGUCUGGCCGGCCCCCGAGGGACAGAGAAUGCGCUGAGACAUAGACACAGCGACUUGGUGUAAGGAGCCACUGACCUGGGAGGAAACUGUCCUCGGAUGCCCAACAGCCUCCCAGGGAGCAAAGGGCUGUGCGUGCUGCCUCAACCUUCCCCUGUAAGCACCUCCCUCGAUGAGCUCACAGCUAGCCCCCGGGAACAGCACCUGUAACUCCCGAGCUCAUAGCCAGGGGGGAGAGACGGACAGGGAAACAGCAAUAAAUUGGCACAGGUGCUCUGAUGGGGGAGGGGAGGGUCCCCGCAGGAUGGCGGGGCAGGAGUAUGGGUCCCUUGUCCAAGCAGAGGCAUCCCGGCAGCUGGAAGCAGCAGCAGAAUGAUCACUGCCCUGCAUGAUGGAGGUGUGGGCUCUGCGCCGUGCUGCACGGUCAGUUCCAGCCCCUGACAGUUGGUUUAGGACCCAAGAUCCACAGGGCCCCCUGGGUCAGACUAUGCCCUACAUCUGCUCUCCACAAAUCCUCCAAAGGGCCGUCAGCUGUGGUCAGCAGGUGUCCUGCCAUCAGGCUGCAAGGUGCGAUCUUGCCUGGACCCUGGAAGAUCCAUCCACCUACGGACCCUCAACUAUCCAGUGCGGGCAGCAUUGUGUCCGAUGGUUCUCCCGCUGGACGGACAGGUCUCGGGUCCCCACACUCAGACUUGGGGGCUUUGAGAGGGUCUCCAGAAAUCUGAAUUGUUAAUACACUCCUCCUCUCCAGGGAUGAUGGUGGAUAUAGUCUGAGGGCUUCACUUUGACCCCCGUGACCCAGGAGGAGGGGCCUCGGCCACCCCCAAUCCAAAAGCCACCAGGCGUAUGGGAGAGGGAAGCAGAGCCCAGGAAGGAUGUGGGUGCGUGACCAAGGUUCACUGUGACUUAGAUGGCCUCCUAUGUGGCCGUCAGUGUCCUUCCCGCUCUGCCCAGUUACUCAGAGUUCCUAGUGAAAGCUGGCCAGAACUCCUGGGGACAGAGCCGUGUCAUCACAACAGAUAAUCGACUAGGAAGGGCAACACAAGAAUGAGCCCACAAAGCAGUUCUCUGUCCAAUGGCAGAUUCCAUUAUUGCAUCUCUGGUGAGUGCUGUGGUCGUGGGAAGGCCCUUCUGAGGGACACCAGUGACCCUGCAGUGGCAGGGCCCUUUCUGAGAGCCACGCACUAUCUUGGUGCCUUCCCACCCCAAUCCUCAGCUUCCCCAUCCGUGAAGUAGGCUUGCAGUAGCUUUAGCCACACUGAUGUAUUCCCGUGCAGCGCCAACAGCGGGGGUGGGGGGGCUCAUGGCCAGCAACCCCAUGUCCCUCUCCAUUGGCAGAGUCAUCACCACGGUGCCUUCUGCCCUGUGUCCAGUGCCCCUUGAGAAUGGAACACCUCUGCCAUCAGAACUGUACCAAACGGAGGUCUUUGAAUCGCCAUUUCCAUACUCAGAAGUCUAAGGAUAAGGGAUUUAAGAGCUGAUGUACCUUGUCCAGGUGUCUCAGACCCUACAGGCAGACCUCCCUCGGUGGAAGGGAUGCUGGAGGGUCAGCAGUCCUGAAGGGGAUCAUGCUCUGGGGCCAGGCACUACACGGCUGUCCAUCCACAGGCAGGACUGUCCAGUGCAUGGCUCCUCCCUCGGCCACUCUCCUGUCUCAGAUCCUUGUCACUCCCCUCCUGGCUUAGAGCUGUGGCCUCCGGGCUCCCAUCUUGUCCUGCCGUCCACACUGCAACGAGGGCAUCACAGAAAUACAAGACAGCCAGGUCUCGGGCUGUCCUGGGCCCUUUCUUGACUCCCCAGGCCUUACAGGGUGAAGCCCCACCUGGACCCCUCCCCCAUGUGGUGCUCCCCCAGCCUGCCACUCCCAUUAGCCAAGCCCCCAGUGGGUGGCAGCCAAGAGUGACCAGUCCUGUUGACAGAACAGGCAAGGGACAGGGUGCUCACAGCAAGAAGCCACCUAGCGGCUGAAUGGGGUCCCCCUAAAGAUUUGCCCAUGUCCUAAUCCCUGGAGCCAGUGCAUGUGACCUAUUCGGAAGAAAGAUCUUUACAGACGUCAUCCAGUUGAAGCUUUUGAGAAGAGAUCGUCCUGGAUUAUUUCCGCAGGUCCUAAAUCCAACGGCAAGUGGGGCCGAGGGAGGUUCGAUCACACACGGGACCACGGGAGGAUGGAGGCAGAGGUCGGGCUGGUGUGGACACCCGCUCAGGAGUGCCAGCAGCCACCGGGAGAGGGGAGAGGCAGGAAAGGGGCUUUCCCCUAGCCCUGUGGAUGGAGCACAGUCUGCCGACACCUUGAUCGAAGCCUUUGGGCCACCAGAGCUGUGAGACAAUAGAUUUCUGUUAUGUGCCCCGUGUCAGCUUGCGGUCCUUCGUUAGAGCAGACCCAGGAAAUGAAUGCAGCCUCCCAGAGGAUGUGGGAGUGGCCAAGCGGCAGAGCCGGGACCUCCGCUCCUCCGGUGACGUGUUCUUCCUCCACCCCCGCCCCAGCCCCACCUCACAGGGCCCCUCACGCAGUCAGGCACUGUGAGUCCCUUCCUCGCACCUGCACCUUCCAAACUCAGGCCAGAGAUAUUUUUAUGUAUAAUCGAAGGAGGGGGAUGGAUGGAUUAAUGAAGGGGUCUUGUAGGAUGAGUAGGAGUUUGCCAAGCAAAUACAAAGAAGAAGGGAAAGAUAUUACUGGCCAAGAGAAGAGCAUGAAGCAAAAGCCAAGUGAAACGUGCCUUCAGGUGAACACCAUAAACAGCCACCUGCGGACCCCAGAGGGGGCUUCUCUCUUCAGGGCCAGAAAUUCAGCACGUUGGAAAAGCAUUCACAAAAGAUUGGAAAGAAAAAUGCAGAGGAUGGUUAUGCAAACGCGGUGGAUGGGAUGAAAUCAUGCCUGUUUGCUGAGGGUCGGAGGAGGGUCAGGCCAGGAAGGGAGGGUUUUGGGAUGGGGGAGAGGGUCUCCGCCCCUGAAAGCAAGCUGGGGCUGUCUGCAGAUCAGGGACCUCCCUGUGGCCUCAGCUUGGAGCCCUGCCUCCCUCCGAGGCCUGGGGCUCCCGUAUUCAGGAUUUGUCAAAUGCCGAGUGCUUGGCAAUGAGCAUUCUAGUUUCCGUUUUCAGUAUGGAUGGGUAGCUGGUGGGCCUCUGGUCCUCUCAGGAGCAUGCCCCCCUACCCCUGGGCUCCGAUGAUUUCUCCUAUGAAGAGGCCACUUGCUGUUUAAUCACUUGGCAGCUGGGGGACUCGGAGACUGCCACCCCCCCCCCCCAGCUGCUCCCACCCUGAUGAUUCUACUCUUUGUCUUGCUGAUAUCCCCAAGGAUCAGGUAGGGCCCAGUGAAAAACAGGCCUGCGGGAUUCUGGAAACUGGUCCAGAGUGUGAAUUGCGUUUGUGAUGAGUCAGCCCCCCGGUGGCCGCUGUCGCCCCCUGUGCAGGCACCAUAAAUCAGCGGAGGCCAUCCUUGUCUCAUGGCUCAUGGGCCGCUGCUGGCCACCCAUUCCCAUGACUCAGCAGGUACCUGGAGAACUUGUGCUGGGUCUCUGAUUGACCGGCCGGCAAGGGUAGUGCUGAUGGCCUCCGUUCC